GCAUUAUUGGCUUGACGAAAAACAUGGCUGCCCCCAUCAGACACUCUGCGAAAUAUAAUGAUUUGACUAUUUAGAAAUGGCAAGCCAGUGUCAUUGGCGUACCUUGAAUUAUAUAAUAGUUUAAGGGAUAAUGGACCGGUGGUAACCACAUUAUGGCACAUUUAUAUUUUAUGCCGUUUGCAUCACGUCGUAUUUUAAUUUUAAUGGAAUCAAAAUCACAUGUCUUCAAUAGUCGCGUAGCCGUAGGCAUCAGACCACUUCAUUCAAUCACACCUACGUGGUUUACCCAUGAAGAGGGCUGUGAAGUAUCUGACUAUACUCUACAAAAGCGGCACAAGAAACUUCUUUUCAGAAGAAAUCGGCAUGCAGAGAGUAUGUAUGUUAUCAAUGAAAGGGUUGCAGACAUGUUGCUAGACAAACUAGGAAAUGAUCUCAAGCAGGAUAGUGGGAGGUCCAUAUUUGAAAUCAACCCAGGUCCAGGAGUUCUAACCAAGAAACUGUUGCAAAGUGGAUUUGAGAGGAUACGGGUGUUUGAACCCCAUAAUGAAUUCAUACCAUACUUGAAGAUUCUUGAAUCGCAAUAUCCUCACAAUUUGGUGCUUGUACCUAAAGACCUGACCACUAUUCACACGUUAUCUACACGAUGUAAAACGUCUGAGUCCACCAUGUUAGAAGGAAUUUCUCGUCGACCUUGGCAUGAAGACUCACCAGUAACGAUUGUAGGGGUGCUCCCAUGGAAACAGUACACAUUCCUUCGUCAUAUGCUGUGGAGACUGUCAAACAUGUCAGGCUUGUUUUCUCUUGGGAGGUGUCAAUUCUGCCUCUACAUUCCACACAAGGAAUAUUGGUACAUGACAGCCGAGCCAGGAAUACUACUGUCUAGAUAUCGAGCCACCACCGUUUAUUAUCGUCUGUUCUUUGAUAUCAAACUCCUACACAGAGAGCCAAGGUCUUCAUUUCACCCACCCGGCUCAGAACAAAUUGUCAAGUCUUCAGGGAAAACAUUCAAGGAUGAUGGUCAUAUGUACCUGGUGGAACUCACACCAAAGCGGGACCUAUUGGAGCAGUUGCCUAAAGAACGCCUUCCUGAACUUUAUUUCUUUGUGAGACAACUGAUGAAUGCGAGGAAAGCAAAACUCAUUGCCAUUAUGGAGCAGUGGGUACCAAAAUGUGGUCCAAGACUUAUAAAGCAAGGCUACACAAUUUACACACGGACAGGAGAUUUAACACCGAGAAACUACAUGGAGGUGUUCAAGCAGUUAUCUUCAUGGUCGGAAUAUCCAGACAGCAGCUUCAGUGCAGCCAUCCAAACAGUGAAGGAACAGAUGGAUGAUCUAACGUCCUAGCAGUAAUAUAUGUGCAGAAUCGCAAUUGUAACAUAGAUGCAAUAAUGUUGUCAUUGUAUGUGUAUAUAAAAAACAACUUUAUGUAUCAAUAUUA